UUCUUAACCUUUCGUUGCAACGGUCAUGGCGACACGAAGCAAGACGAACUGACGAAGUAUUUGAGGUUAUAAAAAAUACCGGCUUAUAUUUUUAUAUGUUUAGAGAUUUCAAUUUAGUGUGAAAAUGGCUCAGUAUAUCGCACAUGACAUAAAAAAGAAAGCCAGGACAGAGGAUGUAAAGAUACAAGAGGACGUGACGUUUUAUCAGUUAGGUCUUUCACAGGAUAUUUUAGAUGGAUUGAUAUGUGCUGGAUUUCAACGACCAUCGCCUAUACAAUUGAAAGCUAUCCCAUUAGGCCGCUGUGGAUUUGAUCUGAUAGUGCGUGCAAAAUCAGGAACCGGAAAGACUGUAGUAUUUGGUGUAAUAGGACUUGAGGCAGUAGAUAUCAAAAUCUUGACCCCACAAGUAUUAAUAAUAGCACCUACCAGGGAGAUUGCUAUUCAAAUAUGUGAAGUUCUCAGAAUAAUAGGCUCAAGAAUUGACGGUCUAAAAGUCGAAUACUUUGUGGGAGGAAUAUCGAUAGACGAGGACAGAAAAAAGCUGAAUAAAUGCCACAUAGCUAUUGGUGCUCCGGGGAGACUAAAGCACUUGAUAGAAUUGGAGUUGUUGAAGGUUUCGAAAACUAGGUUAUUUAUUCUUGACGAGGCCGACAAAUUGAUGGAGAUUGAUUUUCAGACAGACAUUAAUUACAUAUUCUCUAAAUUACCGUCCAGCAAACAAGUUAUAGCUUCAAGUGCGACUUAUCCUGGAGAUUUAGAAACGUUCCUGCAGACAUACAUGUGCUCUCCGGUAUUAACGUCACCAGAUAUCGAUGGUUCGAUUCUGAUCGGGAUCAAACAAUUUGUGGUCGUAGUUCCUGCGCAUCCCAAUAUGAUGAAACAGGUACAAAUAAAAGUGGAGGAGCUAGCGAAGAUUCUUACAAAGAUUCCAUUUAAGCAAAGCCUGGUCUUCACAAAUUACCAUACAAGAACGCAAUCGAUAAGCAAUAAAAUCAACUCCAUGGGUUUUUCAUCCACAUACAUCACUGGAAGUCAGGACAUGACCAAAAGAUUAGAGACAAUUGCGAAAUUAAGAAAGUUCGAGUGCAGAAUUCUGCUGACCACGGAUCUAACUGCAAGAGGUAUCGAUGUGGAGAAUGUUAACAUGGUUGUGAACAUCGACCUGCCUAAAAAUGGGGCAACGUACUUGCAUCGAAUUGGUAGAGCUGGACGCUACGGAUCCCACGGGAUCUCCGUUACAAUUGUUUCCGAAAAGGAGCUUUCGUCCUUCAGAGAAUUGAUACUCUCCGUUGGUGGACCCAACUUUUACCUGCUUAAACUUCGUUCCGAUUAUAAGGAAGAUGUCUGGGCUGAUGAUACUACAGAGUUUGAACAGUUUCAUUCAGUCGAGGCGACUCGCAUGGAAUCUCCAGUUGAUAGGACAAUUCUUGAAUCUGAAAACGGCGUACCUGUAGUAAUUUCUACAAUCAACGAUACACCAUUAGAAGACAACGUUACCAAUGCUCCUGCCAUGAGAUAUGGCAAAUGUGGAGGCGUUUCGUCUAAAGAAACAACAGAUAAGGACACAUCGUCAGAAAAUAAUGUAUCUGCUGUGGAAGAUGACAAAUGUGAAAGCGUUUCUCCUAAUGAACCAACAACGAGUGAUGCGUCAUCGGAAAAUGUAAAUACUUCUACUGCGAAGGAUGACAAAUGCGAAAGCGUUUCUCCCAAUGAAACAACAGUCAGUGAUACAUCAUCGGAGAAUAAUGCUGUGUAUACUUCCGCUGCUGAAAAUGACAAAUGUGAAAGCGUUUCUUCUAAUGAAAUAACUAGUAAUACGUCAUUAAAAUGUAAUGUUGCAAGUACUUCUAAUGUAGAUGACAAAUGUGAAAAUCUUCUGUCUAAGGAAACUACAAUCAACGAUACAUCAUUAGAAAAUACUGUUGCAAGUACUUCAUGUGCGGAGCAUGACAAAUAUAAAAUCUCUGAUCUCUCUAAUGAAACAACAUUAAAUGAUACACUCAAAGAUAACGUUGCGAAUCUUCUUAUUUCGGACAUUUGUGAAACUAUCUCUCCGGAGAGGUAUCACAAUAAUCGUUUCAUUGGUAGAUACGCAAGACAAAAGAAGGUCGAUUUGAAUGGGAAGAAAAAAAUGUUAGACAAGAAUUUUCAACAUGAAAAGCACAAAAAAUCUCCUGUGACCGAGAAAGAGAAGAGAGAAUCAGCUACUGGAGGUAGCUCAUCGAGAAACAAAUAUACGUUUAAAAUCAAAUCCGAUUCAGGUAAUCUUUCCACUGCGGAAGAAUUAAAUAAAGAUGUUACGUUUGAAAUAGAUCUUUCGGGUAUAAAAGACUGUAAGUUAUCGGAGGAUGAGAUUACAAAUAUUAUUGAUGGCUUAAAGCUUCCAACAGCCAACGAAGGCGAAGAAAAUAAUGUACUGAUUUUUGCCCGUAAGCCUGAUGAUGUGAGUGAUAACGAAGAGCUUUCUACGCACGUUUCUCAGGAUACGUGUUCGAAGAACUGCGGUUUAAUGCACAGUCUAGAAUCGUCCACAGAGGAAUUGAAUAAGAGUGACUGUAACAAAGUAAUAAAACUGUUGGAUAACUACGUAUUAACAUACGCUAAGAAAAUUAACGAUAACAGCUGCGACACUUGUAUAGAUGAUGAAGAAUCCCUGUUGAAAGUGGCUUCCAAUUGGAAAGAAUUACUUAAUUACGAAAUUAGUUUUCUGAAUGAUACGUACAAAGGUAUGACUGAUUCUGUUCAUAAAUUAAUGUACGAAGAACAUUAUUCCGCUCUGAAAACCUUCCUUGAUAUACAGAAACGAGCUUUCCUAUGUGUCUUCCCGCAGCUUCGUAAUGACGAAGAAGUGCAGGACACUUAUACGUACUCAGGAUACAAUUCAAAUAACAAUUUAUUAGAAAUGUAUAAAGAAAUAGAGGAGUUCAAGGGCCGUUUCUACACAUUGGGGACCAAAUUCAACGCACAUUUUCCUUAUCCCGUGAACGUCGAUGAGCACAUGCCAAAUUUAAUGAUGUCAGAAUCGGAGAUUGAGGAAUAUCGCAAAGCAUUACGAUAUUUUAGCAAUUAUGAGGAUCCUUCUGAAAAAUUAAUGGAAAUAAUAGAUUACAUAGUAUUCCUGAGUGAAGCUGAGCAUAGUGAUUUGAUUAAGAAAAUAAGAGAUCGAAAUUUAUCCUUCGCAGGUAUAAAAGCGCUCGUUAUUGAGGAAGCAGCAAAAAGGAAAUCAGAAAAUGAUCAAUCAGUGGAACAUUUACAAGUAUCUGUAAAGGAAAUUGCUACUGAAACAAAUGAUGAAUUGACAGAGCACGUACAACUAUCCGAGAGCCACAUUCCUUCGACAACAACUGAUGAAUCGACGGAGCAUAUGCAGAUUCUUUCGGAAACGAAUGGUGAGUCAACGAAGUGCGUGCAUGUGGUCGAAAAAUCAAUUUCUUUGAAAAAUCAAGAUGAUAUUCAACAUCAGAAAAUUAUAAAUGAAGAUACACAAAAUUUAAUAAAAGAAAUAGAGGUGCUCUCUCUCAAACUUGAUAAAGAUGAGGAUGAAGUACAAGAUACAGAAUGUAGUAUUUCCACUGGUAUAAUUUCUGACAAAAACAAAGACGCUUUCGUGAACAAAGAUUUAGAUGAUAGUGAACCAUCGUUUCAAAUUAAGCAAGAGAAAGAGGACAGUGAGCAGAAUAUGAGCAGUAGUUCAAGCGAGCCAUUAUCUACGUCGCACGUUGAUACACACUCAAGCAGCUUAAGUAAUGAUAAUUUCCUCAGUGGUCCACAGAAACCAAUCACAACUAGCGGGAACCAGGAGGAAGAAUGCAGGCAAAAAGAAACAGAAACAAAGGAAAAAGCAAGAGAAAAAGGGAAGAACAAGAAUAGCAUGGAAAACGCUACAAGACGGUGCAAGAGAGAUGCUACACGUGAUAAAGGAGUGAAAAAGGUGCAAAUAAAAUACAUGCCUGUGCAAACCAAUAACAUUCGUUACAAUGAUGUAGAAUACGAUCCGUACAAGAAAAUUAUUACUAAUAACGCGAAGUUUCAUCAAGAUAAGCCAAAGAAUAUGACGGAUAAUUCAACAGCCUCUGUUCCCCUGAGUUCACCGAAUCCAGCCGUUCAGAAUUUUUACCCGCAGGUCUCAAGUUCGAAUUUAAACGAUGCAAUCGCAGAAGAGGGAGCCUUUGCAUCAAAUCAGAUCGACGAUCCGACUUCCCAGUGGACGGGAAAUGUUGACGCACAUUCGACAGCUGUCUAUCAUCAUUACUAUCCAUCUCGUAGAGACAAUAAAGCGUCACGCUCUAAUCGCGCGAGGCACAGGAGACAGAAGAUCAGCGAGCAUUCAGAAAACGUGGAGAUGCAUGAUCGGGAUGACGAUUCGACGGAGGACAUCGAGGAGUUCCUGUCGUCAUUGACGGCACGAACGAAUCAGUUGCACUUGGAGAUCUACCAGUCGCAAAUGUUUCAGAAUUCGUGUUCGUACGAUGAGUAAUCGCGCGGAUUCGCAUUAAUCGGUGGAAAUGCGUGACGGAGUAACGUGAAAUCGGAGUAACGCUGCACCGCGGGCGCAUUUUCGGAUCGAAUCUUUUCUCACGAUGUGUUUAUGAUCAGGCAGCGAAGAAUGACAUGUGAAUCGAUCGAUAGCGAAAGUCACGCAUUGCUGGUGCCUAACACGCAUCGGCGGGAUGUGAACUGUGUGCCGCAGGUGACCUUUUCCUACCGGUUCGACGCGGUUACGCAAUUGGAUUAAUCUUCUGUGAUCGAGUCUCGUAUGGUCUCACCGAACGGAUAUUAUCGGAUAUUGUUGCUAACAAUAAGCGUAAUUCAAUGUAAACGUAUUAUUUUUUCAUACUGAUAGCUGCUAGUGAUAUGUGUAAAUACAUUGUGCUGAGACGUUUCACGCAGUAAACUAGACGUUGAAUUUUCUAACAAAUCAAAAGAUAGCAUAUUUUUUUGUUAAACAUUUCUCAUGUAUUUGUUUUUAUAGACGCUUGCAAAAGUUUCUAACUCAUAAGUAGAUGGAUUGCCUCAAAAGAUGAGUCAUUUUACCGGUGCGGGAUCAAACUAUUGUUGCCUGAAAGUUAGCAAAAGAUUAAAUAACUAAUCCAAAAGUUUUGAUUAAAAUAUUACAUCUCAUUGUUAUUAUUAAAUAAGUAGCUUUAAUCAUCAUGUGAACUUUUGCGAGCACCUAAUAUUUUUCACUUUUUUAUAACAAUUUUAAUGAUUAAAUGUAAAGGAGGAUGUGUCAAGUUUAAUUUAAAUUACACAAUAAAGAUCAUGCUUGUAAAAAAAGCUGAAGAACAC